GGUUGGGCUUCUUUCAUCGUUUUUGGAGUGUGCUGUUUUUUUGUGUGUUUUUGACUAUGACAUCAAAAGUUAACUAGUAGUGAAAUGUAUGGACAAUUUGCUGAUAUACUGGAGUAUUAAAUCAACAAGAUGUAAAGCCAUUUCCUAGCCCACCAACAGCCCAAACCAAACUCCGAAGCAGAUUUUAGCAGAUCACAGGCCAUACCACUGAUUGGUAUUUUCUUCUUGAAUUAACUCAUGAAAUGGUUGAAGAAACAAUUAAUUCCAAUACAAAUAAAGCCAAAGCUAAUAAUAACAAACCAAAAUCAGUGUAUUCUUGGAAUGUCACAGAUGUCCAGAAAUGGUUACGGAGACACUGCAGUGAUUAUUACCACCUGUAUGUAGAAAAUUUCAUACAACAUGAUAUAACAGGACGCACCCUUCUAAGAAUCAAUGAUAACUCACUGUUGAGACUUGGAAUAACUAAUGACAGUCAUAGAGAAAUUAUAUGGAGACAAAUUUUGAAGUUGAGAUUGAAAACAGAUAUUAUGGAAAUCAGAGAUUUGCAAAGAAGAAAUACCAAUAAUAUGUUUUAUGACUUUUCUAUUGUCUGAAAUACAAUUCCACUAGGUAUAACAAAAUGACUCAAUUAUUAUUAUACAUACUUUUCCAUUGUCAUUCUAUAUAUUAUUUCUGCACAGGUUCCCUCUAUAGAACCAUGUAGACCAGAGAUC